CCAGUUGAAUUAGAAACAGAGAGUGGCAAUGGAAAAAGGGAGAAAGGGAUGUUCUUCAUGAAGCUGUGGAGCUCAUUACCAACUGCUAUCGACUUUUGGCCUUGGAUUGUGUGAAAGAUAGAACCUUUUCCCCUGGUUUCAUGCUGAUGUCUAAAGUGCUGCAUGCUCCAUUUUGUUCUGCACAGCUAGCUACUGAUAUUGCUUAAAUGAUAAUUUCAUAUUCUCCAAUCUCUCCGUCUCUGUGAGAUCAAAGAUUCAUGAAGCUAUGCCGAGGAGGAGCACCAGUGACACUGAAGCAGCAGCUGUGAGCCCAACUUCCAUUUUGGAUAGCAAGCCCUUCUCUGCCUUCAGGAACCCCUUCUUCUUCGGCAAAGACAAACACCUCUCUCGACGAAAAGGGGUGCCGAUGAAGACCGCUGGGCUUGGCCUUCUUGAUGCCCUCACCAUUGAUGAAGUCUCUGGCAAGAAUUCUUCCAUGCAGGAUCACAGGAAGGUGGUGUUUGGGUCUCAGCUCAAGGUCCAAAUUCCACCUCCGGUGGAGUUUGACAUCAGCUCUAGGAACUCUCAGAUGCCUCCUAAUGUUUCCGGCGAGCCUGUGUUCGUUGGUUCGGAGAUUGAACUGUCUGAGGAGUACACUUGUGUGAUCUCACAUAGACCGGAUUUGAAGACCACUCACUUUUUUGACGACUGCAUAGUCGAGAAUCGCAGCGAUGGAUUCUUGAGCUUCUGCUAUGGUUGCAAGAAGAAACUUGGCCCCGGGAUGGAUGUGUACAUAUACAGAGACAAAUCAUUCUGUAGCAAUGAAUGCCGGUGCCAAGCGAUGUUGUCUGACGAAGACGGCGAAGAAGGAGAAGAAAAGUUUUGAGUUCUAACUAUCCAUCUCAAAGAAUCCUUUAGAAGGAAGCAAAUAAAUUACUACUUGUGCUUUUGGAGGCUUAAAGAGUCUGAGAAAUAAUCACUUGUAUAGUUUGUACUACAUUUUCUUGCUCUCUUUUCUAUCCAUUUUAAAUAGGUCCUUACUAGAGCUUUUUGAGGUGUUGAUUUCUUAGAUGGUUAAUAUUGUUCUUCUCCAGAGUCUGUAUGAUAAUUGUCCGACCGAUGUACAAAGUCCAGUUUAAUACUUUGUGCCGUGCAUGCUAGUUAAUGAUUCAAGACUUUGUUACUGAAA